GCCCACCUUCCAAUUGGGCCUCGAUAUCCCGGAUCAGAUUUCGCGGGCCACCCACGGAAGGGGCCGAAUCGGGACGUAACAGGUUAGGUUUGCGUACCCAUCAAGCCCUAGGGCUCCUCCUGGCCGCUGGGAGCUGUAGUCUGAACGCUUCUGCCUCGCUGAGAAGUGCCGGCGCGCCCCCUACCGGCGCCUCCGGUAAUUUUUAAAGCGCCUCCCCCCACCGCCUGCAGAGGGCGCCAGCACUGUGUUUGCUUUUACCGGGUUUGCACCUCUUUUGCAUCUCAUUCGCCAGAUUGCUCAGAACUGUGUCUCUCUUCAUUCAUUCAAUAAACAUUUAUUAUCGAGCUCUUACUUGCAACCCAGCUCUGUACUAGGCACUGGGGAAUACAACAAUGAAUAAGAUAGUAGACAAGUUCUCUACCCUCAUAAAGCUUAUGUUGCUUUGUAUUGAAGGUAAUGAACAAAUCUUUUCAGAUAGUGACAAGGACUGUGAAGGAAAUUAAACAAGAUGGUGUGAUAUAAAGUACUCGAGGAAACGUCAGUAAAGCCUUCCUAAAAGGUGAUAUUUUAGCCGAUUAGAAAAAACUAUCCAGCUAUCUGAGAGAGUAAAUGCAAAGCUUUCUUCCUUCGACCCUUCAUAUUUGACACAGUGGCAGGAGUCCUCCAAAAUGGUUUCCACCAAUUGUGCUCUCACAACUCUGGCUUGUAGAAUUUUCCCACCCCAAACGUUUAAUAGCUACAGCACCAAUACGGCGAGAAUCCUGACUCCCGUACCCUUCUCUCCAACUCUCCAUUUCCUUUGCCACCUCCGGCAGGCGAAUUACUUGCCCUUACUUGUCAUGGCGACUGUCCAGCUUUGUGCCAGGAGCCCCGCAGGGGUUGCUGGGAUUGGGAUUUUCCCCUCCCAUGUGCUCGGACGGCGCUAAAAGUUUUGAGCUUCUCAAAAGUCCAGAGCCAUCAUCCUGGGCGCUGGUAGCUGCAGGGCUCCGGUGGCUCCUGGCGUCCGAGCUCGGAGCGUGCUUCCCAGGACGGUGACACGCUCCCCCGAGGAUUGGCAGCCAGACUGUGUUCCUGGCCACUGCCAUGGAGGAGCCGCAGUCAGAUCUCAGCAUUGAGGCCCCUCUGAGUCAGGAGACGUUUUCAGACUUAUGGAAACUACUUCCUGAAAACAACGUUCUGUCCUCCUCGCUGUCCCCACCAGUGGACGAUCUGAUGCUGUCCGCAGAAGACUUUGCAGGCUGGUUCACCGAAGGCCCAGAUGAAGCUGCCAGAAUGUCAGAGAAUCCAGAACCAGCGGCCCCCGUGCCAGCUACUCCUACACCAGUGGCCUCCACACCAACCUGGCCCCUGUCAUCCUCUGUCCCUUCCCAGAAGACCUACCCUGGCAACUACGGUUUCCGUCUGGGCUUCUUGCAUUCUGGGACAGCCAAGUCUGUCACCUGCACGUACUCCCCUGCCCUCAACAAGAUGUUUUGCCAGCUGGCGAAGACCUGCCCCGUGCAGCUGUGGGUGGACUCCACGCCCCCGCCAGGCAGCCGCAUCCGCGCCAUGGCCAUCUACAAGCAGUCACAACACAUGACGGAGGUCGUGAGGCGCUGCCCCCACCACGAGCGCUGCUCCGAUAGCGAUGGUCUGGCUCCUUCCCAGCAUCUUAUCCGGGUGGAAAGGAAUUUGCGUGUGGAGUAUUUGGAUGACAGAAACACUUUUCGACACAGCGUGGUGGUGCCCUAUGAGCCGCCUGAGGUCGGCUCUGACUGUACCACCAUCCACUACAACUACAUGUGUAACAGUUCCUGCAUGGGUGGCAUGAACCGGCGGCCCAUUGUCACCAUCAUCACACUGGAAGAUUCCAACGGUAUCGUGCUGGGACGGAACAGCUUUGAGGUGCGUGUUUGUGCCUGUCCUGGAAGAGACCGGCGCACAGAGGAAGAAAAUUUUCGCAAGAAAGGGGAGCCUUGCUCUGGGAGCGCUAAGCGAGCACUGCCCACCAACACCAGCUCUUCUCCCCCGCCAAAGAAGAAACCACUGGAUGGAGAAUAUUUCACCCUUCAGAUCCGUGGGCGUGAACGUUUUGAGAUGUUCCGAAUGCUGAAUGAGGCCUUGGAAUUCAAGGAUGCCCAGACUGGGAAGGAGCCAGGGGAGAGCAGGGCUCACUCCAGCCACCUGAAGUCCAAGAAGGGGCAAUCUACCUCCCGCCAUAAAAAAUUAAUGUUCAAGAGAGAAGGGCCUGACUCGGAUUGACGCCCUCUGCUUCUUGUCCCCCAUUGGCACCCUCCUACCCGUACCCAACUUCCCUGGCAUUUUUGGGUAUCUGGAAUCCCUGCUUGCUGUGGGUGUGCCUCAGAAACACCCAGGAAUUCUUCUGUCAGCCUUAGCCUGGGCUUUACUGAAGAAGUAGGCCUGCACUGGUAUUCUGGGGACAGAGUGGUAGGAACUAGGACAUAACUGGCUUAGCUUUUAAGGUUUUUACUGUGAGGAAUGUUUGGGAGAGGUAAGAAAAUGUUCUUCCAUGUAAGGGUUAGAUUUUACAAUCAGCCCUGCACUGGUGGGAAGCCCAGUUCUCCACUGUACUAAGCACGAAGCCAUUUCCAACUGUUUACUUUGCCCUGGCCUCAGUGGCCAUAUCUGUGAAAUGUGGAUAAUCACACCUACCUCACGGAGUUUGUUGUGAGGGUUAAUGAAACGAUGUAUGUCUGAUCUCGGAGCCACCUUUUAUUACAUGGAGUCUAGGAUUUGGCUUGUUCCCUGUUCCUGUUGGUGUGUAUAUUGCGAGUUUCUAAGUCUCUGCUGAGACUUUAAACUCAGCCAUAUCCUGUCCAACCUCUUGGUGAACUUGGCACCUAAAAGGAAGUCUUGCCCCAUCCCACACCCUGGAGGAUUCCAUCUUUUAUGUAGGAUCUGGAUCCACUAAGGCCUGCUUUACUUCCCCCAAAUGCUCAGGGUCAAUUUCUUUUACACUCUGCAAGGCACAUCUGCAUUUGUUAUCCCCACCCCUUCUCUUCCCUUUUUAUAUCCCAUUUUUAUAUACCCCUAUUUUACAAUAAAAUUUACUACUACC